AUGCAUGACCUCAUCGAAAGCCGAACGAUUUAUAUCCGAGACCAGAAAGCUUGCCCAGAAGUUGCCCGUUUUCGAAAUAUAUCGACGGAAAAGACUGCCGAAGCACAUGCUCAUUAUUCGGAAAUUACGGAGCGUAUUGACCACCUGGGAGAGAAGUACGCUGCCGUCUCAAUCGAUGUAUCCUCUAUCCCAAAUGUAUUUGGUGUUGAGCUCGACUAUGAUAUAAUGCAUUGGCUUUUCCGAUUGGAAUUCCAGCCAAAAGUCGAUACAAUGCGCGAUCUCUCGAACUCAUUGAAAGAGAUUGCGGAGAAGAACUCCCAGCCCGCAUUUCAGAAAAAUCGUUUAGUCUGGGCACUACACCUCGUUCAGAGCCACGACCAGGAUGGACUCGGAUAUCUCUCGCGAAAGCUAAAAGAAGAGAUCCUGCCGCCUCUUGCCAAAACGAUGGAGCUUGGAACAUGUAUGGAGGACAUAUUUACGCAGACAAGCUCUGACCUAGAGGACCUAGUGGAUGAGGCGAAUGGUCGGGAGAUUCCUUAG